AUGUCGAAUCCAGAAGCACAGGCAGCGCAAGCGGCGCACCUGGCAGUGAUUGAGCAGCUCGAUAUCCACUCGAUCCACAAGACGUUCCGCAACCCGCACUGGCGCCCAAACCAGCGGCGCAACAAGAACAUCAAGACGAUCCUCGGCGACGCUUCGCGCAAGGAAGCCUCGGUCAUAGCCACUCCGCAGAAUGCCAGCGGCGCCGCAACACCGGCUGUCGACGACGGCCUGUCCACCAGCGGCACCUCCACCCCCGCCGUGCCCUCCGCUAACGGCGGCAGCAACGGCAACAGCCUGCAGCCGAACCUGGCCCAGGCGUCACGGAGCCUGUCGAAACUGGUGCUCGAGAAGAGCCUUAAUCCGUCCCGGGCCGCUAACGGCGGCGCCGGCGCGGUGGGGCCCGGCCUGUCGACGGCACCCAGUGUGACGUACACCAACAUCGAGAGCGCCCCUAGCCUCGUGCCGCUGCGGCACUACUGCGACGUCACGGGGCUGCCGGCGCCGUACCUGGAUCCCAAGACCAGGCUCCGCUACCACGACAAAGAGGUCUUUGCCACCAUCAGGAGUCUGCCGCCGGGCCUGGGCGAGCAGCACCUCGAGGCAAGGGGUGCCCAGACGGUGUUGAAGUAG